UUUUGUUGUUGUAAAAAUUUCGUCUUGUGAGUCACUUGGCUGCGAAAUACGAUUUUACCUUCUAAAAUUUAAUUAAUAUUGUUUUUUUGUGGUUCGCGUUAGUGUAAAACUCUUGGCAAACAUGUUUUCCAGUGGACCUAACUAUACUAAGCUGAAAACAAACCUGCGACUGGCGGUUAACCGUUUGAAGCUGCUGGAAAAGAAGAAAACAGAGUUGGCUCAAAAGGCUCGGAAGGAAAUUGCGGAUUAUUUAAUUGCUGGAAAACCGGAACGGGCAAAGAUCCGGGUAGAACAUAUUAUUCGUGAGGAUUACCUCGUCGAGGCGAUGGAAAUCGUGGAGAUGUACUGCGAUUUGAUCCUGGCCCGGUUCGGGCUGGUCACUCAGAUGAAGGAAAUUGACGAAGGAAUCGAGGAAGCGGUCAGCAGCAUAAUCUGGGUCGCCCCAAGGUUGCAGGCGGACGUUUCGGAGCUGAAAAUUUGCUCGGAUAUUUUUACGGCCAAGUACGGUAAGCCGUACGCGGAGCAGGUUCGCGCGGCAAUUCCACCGCACAAGGUGUCGGACAAGCUGAUGCAUAAACUGGCCAUUCAGGCGCCGCCGCGGCUGUUGGUGGAGAAGUACUUGAUUGAAAUUGCCAAGAUUUUCAACGUGGAAUACGAGCCUGAUCCGCUGAUCAUGAAGGACGACAAACCAAGCCCGGGAAACAGCAUACUGAUUGACCUGUCCGAUCGGAACAAUCUGGACGGUGGAAGCGGGGGAGGUUCCUCUUCUGGGGGAGGUGGCGGUGGGGGUGCUCCGGCGCCUCCCGGAUUUAUUGGAUAUCCGCAGCCACCGGCGCUGCCUCAAAUGCCGCAAAUUCCGCCGUCGGCUCCGUUUAGCUAUCCGGGACCAAGCGGUCAAAACUUUGGCUCUGCUUCGGCGCCGCCGUUCAACUAUAACAUCCCACCGAAUCCGUCCGGACCGCCGGCUGAUGAGGAGAAGGAUUUGAACAUCAACGCAAACUUUUUGAACCAGGAAAAGCACUCCGCGGGAGAAUCCGGACCGCCGCCGUCGUACGCCUCGCUCAGCCCGGACGAUAACAUGCAGAAUUCGACCAAACCCAAACCGCAGCCCCGGUCGAAGAUUUCCCCGGAGAUGAACUUCCCGAUACUGCCGAACGUGCCCGCGGACCUGCCGGAUGUUCCCAACGAUAGCACGCCAACCAGUGGUGCGGCAGGAGCCCGAAACGACAACGACGAGAUUGAUUUUGACGAGCUGUCCAGACGGUUCGAGGAGUUGAAAAAGCGAAAGUGAAGAGUUGCUCAACUUUAUCGAGGGCAGAUAUAUUCGAAAUUUUCAUAUAUUUUAAGGCUUGGAAAUGAAAUACCGUUUACUUUGAAGAUUAUUUUGAUUUAUUCACUGAGCAUGUGUCGUUCUAUGUUUAUUACGAAAGGAUAAUAAAGUAUAAUAUUACCAAUAAAGAA